CAAGGAAGCUGAUUCAGAAAAAGAGGAAGAAGAUGUCUAUUUCAAAUGACAGCUGCAUCCAAUGAUUGAUUGAACAACAGUGUACAUACAGACAUUUUAAUUUAACAAAAUUGCUAUUUUUUUCCUCUCAAAGAUAAAAUGUCUCAACCAGAUCUCAGAGCAACAAGAGUAUUAAGUCCUAACAGGGCCUCUACUCUAUCAACCACAAGCUCAAGGAGCCAACAAGAUAAUGUCAAGAAAAUAGCCAUUACAGCAGAUGGAAAACUUCCAUUAUUGAGAGGAAUUGAUCAGAAUAGACCACUGGCUGCCAUCAUUCAAGACAUUGCAUCAGAAUGGACAUUGGAAAAUGCAGCAGAUUAUGCAUUACAGUUUACAGAACCAAACAGACAAGUUUAUAUCACAGAAAGGAAUCGUGCAGAACUACAGAACGGCAAUGUUUUACUUUUAACUUGGUCACCUGAAAAAAGUGCCAAAGAUUUGUACAAAAGUUUAACAGAGGGCAGAGCAGAAGAGAAACUAGAAUCAUUAAAAAGACUACAGAAAUUAGCCACAGAUAGUACAUUUGCUCAUGAGUUCAUCAACAAACAGGGUCAUAUGUUGAUUAUGAAAUAUGUCAUUGAAGGAAAAAACCCAGGAGAUCCAAUGGCCUAUCAGCUGAAGUCCUUCAUGGCCUUAAUGGAACAUGGUGUUGUUGAAUGGGACAUAAUAGAGCAAGAUUUUACUAAAAGGAUAGUAGAUUGUAUCAUAAGUCCAAAGUCAGGAAUCAGCCCACUACAGUCAGCUUUAGAAAUUCUGGAGAAUGUAGUGUUACAUUGCAGUGACCUUACAAAACAUCCAGUGAUAGAGCAGCACAUGACUCCAGAAAGGAUACAGACUCAUUUACAAAGAAUUAUUCUUGCACAGAGUAAUGAUGUACAGAAGAAUGCUAUAGCUUUGCUGAAUGCAUUGUUCAUAAAGGCUGGACCAGAGAAGAGAAAGAAAUUAGCAGACAGUGUGCAGAGCAGAGCUUUUAGAAAUGUGUUGAUGUCUUCAGUGUUUGGAGGUAAACUUGGAUCAGAGAUGGCUCAUCAGUUGUAUAAACUACAGACAUUGUUACUAAAUAUGUAUGAGGAAAAAAUGAUGACACCGGCUGAUCCUAAUUCACAGUCUGUAACAGGAAUUAUUGAAACCCUGAGAAAACCUGUGCUGGAUAUAGAAGCAGAUUCUAAUCAACUAGGAAAUAGAAAGUCUAAUGUAUAUAAGAAAUUGGGAUUUGAGGAUUCCUCCCAUCCAGCACAGGAUUUUGUAAGGCACACUCCACCUGGGAUCCUUGCAUUAGACAAUGUUUACUAUUUUGCUCAAAACCAGUCAGAAAAUUAUAUAAAGGUGGUGCUAGAAAAUUCUUGUAGAGAAGAUAAACAUGAUUGUCCGUUUAUACGUUCCAGUAUAAUGUUAACUAGAGUCCUGUGUAAUAUACUCAAAAUAGGAGAACCACCUUCUGACGAUGGGAAAACCUAUUACCCAAUGUUUUUCAAUGAUGACAAACCAUUUGAGAAAUUAUUUUGUAUAUGUAUACAGCUUCUUAAUAAAACAUGGAGAGAAAUGAGAGCCUCGGAGGAAGAUUUUCCUAAGGUACUUAGUGUAGUAAAAGAACAAAUAACUAGAGCAUUACAAGUACAACCCAGGUCAUUUGAAGUGUUAAAAACCCGUCUUCAGACACUUACUUACCAAGACAUCCUGAAACUCUGGGCAGAAGAUCGACAGAAAAAGGAGGACUGGGAAUCUCAGGCUAAACCUAUUAUUGAACUUAGACAACACAUUACACCAGACAUGUUAAACUUGAUAAAACAGCAAAGAAUUAAUUUUCUCAUGGAAGGAACAAAUUUUCAAAAAUUUAACUACAAAGGAAAAAUCAGAGAUAAAUAUUGGUUUUGGAGACUAGCACCUAACUCAAAAUCAUUCUUGUAUGCUGAUUGCUCAGAAAAUUGUGAUGUGGCACUGGAUGAUCUUACCAAUAAAUUGACAAUAAGUGAAAUGAAGAGUAUACUGGUGGGAAAGGAUUGCCAACAUGCAAAGAAAGCCAAAGGUGCAAUUAACCUUUACUUUGCUAUACAACCACAACCCUCCUCAAGUGAGAAUCCUGAGAACUUUUGUUUUGUUGCCAAAGAUGAGACAGAACUUGAUAUGUGGACUGAUGGUUUAAAUGUUUUAUUAGGAAAUGAGAUGGAUAGUAGUCAGAAAAAUAAAGAUUUGGAACUUCUAUUGAAUAUGGAGACGAAGAUCCACCUGUUGGAUAUUGAAGGAAUUACAAUACCUUCUGAAACCCCACAAAUACCACCAGAACCAAAUAACUUUGAUUUUGUUUAUACAAACUUUUAGUAAAACUGUCAAUUUGGCCAGAAAAAUACCAUUUAUAAACAUUUAAAAAGAGAAAAGUGCUUCUGCUUCCAAAAAAUUAUACAUCAGCAAUUACAUUUUUUUUAUGUAAAACUGUGUCAGAUUUUUAAUGAUUUCGGAUGUAAUAAUCUGCUUGCCAAGCAAAACCAAAUAACUUUGAUUUUAUUUGUACAAACUUUUAGUGGAACUGUCAAUUUGACCAUAAAAAUACCAUUUGUACCUAGAGAAAAGUGCUUCUGCUUCUAAAAAAUCAUACAUCAGAAAUUUCAUUUUUUUUUAUGUAAAACUGUAAGAUUUUUAAUGAUUUUAGAUGAAAUAAGCUGCUUGCCAAGCGAAACAUUCUGUAUAUAAUUAAAUACAGUAGUUUCCAACAUUAAAUAUCUUUCAUUGAACAUGACCAAAACUUUAUCAUGCCAAAGGAAUGAGAGUGCUGCUACUUAUUUAGUACCUUUGCUUUACAAAUGCAUGCACAUCAUGAAAAUUAUAUAUUAUUGUAGUUAUUAAACCAUUUGUUAAGAUGUUUCGGCUACUGGCCUCCUGCAGUUUCUUUAUUAUCCUUCUUAAAUACAUGGUAGACAUUUUACUUUCACAAGCAUUUAGAAAAUUAUAUAGUCAAAAAAAUAUAAGAGCUUUUAACCAUGCUUUUUAGCACAUCUGGUCCAAAGGUGUGAGCUUUUGCUAUCACUUGGUGUUCUCCAUCAUCCGUCAUCUGUUAACUUUUACAAAGAUUAUCUUCUAAGCAAAUUUAACCAAAGUUGGCCACAAUGGGGUAUCUAGUUUGAAAAAUAUGUCCGAUGACCACACCUGCCAAUUAACAUGGCCAACAUGUCUAAAAAUAGAACAUAGGGAUAAAAUGCAAUUUCUGUCUAUAAUCAUGAAAAACGCUAUAGAGAAAAUCUGACAGGGAUGAAAAUGUUCAAGAGUUAUUGCCCUUAAACGACAAAAUUAAAAAUUUUUGUAUUUUUGCCUAUUAUUUGGAAAAUUUUAAUAGAUCGCCAGGAACAUUAAACAGCAAAAAUGAUCAUCAAGACCAGAUCUACAAAUAAGUUAACAUGGUUGAAAUCCUCAGUCGACGCCUUUUUGAUGUUAUUGCCCUUUAAUGAUUUUUCCCAGUUUUUGCAUUUUGACCUAUUAUACUGAAAACUAUAAUAGUUAGAUAGAAACUUUAAAGUAAAAAUGAUCAGUCAGACAAGAUCUACAAAAGAGCCAAUAUCUUGUCCACUCUUUAUUGGAGUAAUUGCCCUUUAAUGAUAAUUUUACCAUUUUUGUUUCACCUGAGACUUUAGUCUCGGUGGCAGUAUGCAAGACAUAGGGAUUACUCUCUGGCGGCGAUGUAAGUUAUUAUGAGUAAUAGGAUAACUAUAUUUGGUAUAUGAGUUCCUUGCAACGUCUACAUGUCCAUCAGACAGGGUUUUACCUGACCUCGACCUCAUUUCAUGAUUCAGUGAUCAAGGUUAAAGUUAUGUGAUUAGGUCCGUUUCUCAGAUACUAUAAACAGCAAGUCAACUAUAUUUUUAUAAUGAUUGUAAAGUGUAAAUAUCUGUCUAGCCGGUAUCAUCUGACCUUGACCUCAUUUUCUUGGUGCAUUGGUCAAUGUUAAGCUUUUGUGUUUUGGUCUGUUUUUAAAUUACCAUCAGUUAUAAGUCAACUUUAUUUGGUGUAUAGUAUAAUUGUAUGGUGUACAUAUCUGUAUGACAGUUUUUAUCUGACCUUGACCUCAUUGUCAGGGAUCUUUGAAAAUAUUAUGAUUAUGUGAUACUUGUUGUGAAACCUUUAUCUUUAUGACUUCAACAUAAAAUCAAUGGUCAGUGAAGCAGGCGAGUCAUUUCAGCAUGUGCACUCUUUUUUAGCAUUCUUUGCCAAUUUUAUUGAAAACUAUUAAAGAUAAAUAGAAACUUUAGAAAGGAAAAAUGAUCAGCAAGAUAAGAUCAAUGUACAAAUACAUCAACAUGACUGAAAUUGUCAGGUAACUCUUAUUACAGUUAUUCCCCUUAAAUGAUGAAUUUUACUAAAAAGUGGCCAUUGUUGAAGAUGCAGGUAAUCGACACACGCUCUUUAGAGCCUCUAGUUUUCAUUUGUAGGAAAACCAGAAAUAUUGAAAACCAAUAAAACCAAACUGAUUUCUGUACAUUUUAUAGUGUUAACAUAAGAGCUAGACAUCAAUUUUAUUGAAGUUUUGAAAUUUCUUAUCCCUACCACAAUAUAUUUUGUGACAAAUACUAUUUUAUUCAUUCAUUGAAAUGAACAAAAAUCUUGAUAUGAUUUUCUGACACUGCUCUUUUUCUAAUUUGAUGUAUGUGAUAGUAAUCUCUCAUCUUUUUGAUAAGUAAUUUACAGUGUAAAUAUUUAUAAAGCUGCUUUUUAUACUGCAUAAAAUACUUUUGAUUGGUGCUAUGUCUGUUUUACAUGUAAAUAUAUUUUGUUUUGUUUUAUAUAUACUAGGGACCACUAACACAAAUUGUUAUGACAUUGUUCAUUUCCUUUAUAAGAUCUUGUAUACAUUGUCUUAUAAAAAAAAGUCAACUUAUCUAAAAUCUGAAUGUUUAUAUAUCAUUUUGUGUAUGAAAGAAAUUUUAAUUUAAGAAUAUUUACUUUCAUAAUUAGUUGUGCAAUAUUUUUUUUAAAAAUAUUAUAAAUUGAUAGUUGAUAAAAAAAAAAAGAAUUGCUGCCAAAUGCAUUUAAUGAGUGGCUGUGAUUGAAAUUUUCAUGUCAGAAUGAUUUUCUUUUUCAAUUAUUUUAUAAAGUCAAAACUAGUAUAAUAGGUUCCAGUUCUGGUAUUAUUAAUAUUUGCUGUCAUUGUGUUAAUCAAAUAAUAAUUAAACAGAUAGACCUUGUGGUAAUUGAACAUGUGGUUUUUUUAUUGCUAAAUAGUUUGCCAAGUUUAGGUAUUGAUAAAGUCACAAGGAAUCAUUUGAAUCCAUCACUAUAACUACAAUUUAUUUGUGAAUAUGUUAUUGACAAUACCAUAUAAAAUAGUUUUAUACGUUUUUUUGCAGCACAACAAUUUUGUAAUGUACAUAUUGAUCUGUCUUUUGAAACCAAUUCUUAAAGUCAAACAUCUUCUUUGAAGCUGACCAUUUACAUUUCUUAAGUUGUUUUUCAUAUUUUACCCUGUUUGUUAAAUAUGAUUAGUGUAUCAAUAUGACAUUAUGUAUAUUAUUCAGUAACUGUUACAAUACAAAAGUACAAAAUGUU